UUUUUAACCCUACUUUUAAAACGAGAUGCUUCUGGCAGAGUCAAUGUUUUUACCAGUAAAGUUCAUGAAUAGAUUUGUUAAUAAUGGCAAAAUCUAAGGGCAAAAAGAAAAAUUUAUCUGAGAAGAUACAAAGUAAACGUACAAAACCCAAAAGUUCCACUAAGAGCCCGUUCGAAGUGCAUAUAAACAAGCAGAAAUUAAAAGUCCUAGGAAGGAAAACCAAACAUGAUAAAGGUUUCCCUGGUUUAUCAAGGUCCAAAGCAAUUGAUAAACGGAAGAAAACUCUACUUGAAGAAUUUAAGGUUCGUAAUAAAUCUAACGUAUUUAAGGAUAGAAGGAUAGCUGAACGUGAUCCUACUCUGAGUGUCGAAGAAAAACAGAUGGUGAGGUUUGCUGCCAUCCGGCGAAAAGCACAUAAGAAAUCUAUUUUCAACUUAGGCGAUGACGAUAAUUCCUUAUAUCCAGACGAAGAAGAUAUUCUAACACAUAAAGGACAAGCUCUUAGUGAAAUUGAAAAAUUUGAAGAUCCUAGAUCUGAUGAUGAAAUUGAUAAUGAAGAUGAUGGAAAACUUGAUAAGAAAUUUGUUGAAAAAUUGCAUUUUGGUGGAGGAUUCUUAACAAGUACUCGGCAAGAAGGAGCUAAAUCACAUAAAGAUAUAUUGGAAGAAAUUAUUGCUGAAUCUAAGAAACGAAAGGCGGAAAAGAAACAAACAAAAGAUGAGAUCAUGGAACUGACUGAGAAUUAUGAUGAUGGUUGGAAAGAUUUACUACCGUUCGCAACUUUUAAAACAAGAAAACUUGAAGAUAAAACUAGUGAUCCCAGAGUAAAGAUGUUUGGGAAAUCAAUUAAUAAAUCUAAAUUUGAUCCACGGGGUACUCCAUCAGAUCCUGUGAAAAGUGAAGAUGAGGUUGCUAAAAAAGAAGAGGAACGGCUCGAGAGGCUAGAAAAAGAACGUUUGGAUAGAAUGAUGGGAAUUGAUGAAGAUGAUUCUAACAUAUAUAGAAGUGCUGAUGACUUGGAUGAUAAUUUUGUGUACGAGUCUCUUUCAGAAAAUGAAAAUAAUGAAGAAGAAAAUGAUAAUGAAAGUAAUGAAAAAGAAAAUCAAAAUGGAAUUUGUGAGGAUGAGAAUGAAAGUAAUGAAGGUGAUGAUGAAGAAGAAACUCAAAAUGGAAUUAGUGAAGAUGAUGAUUCUGAAGAAGAAAAUCAGAAUGGAGUUAGUAGUGAACAUGAUGAUGAUGAUGAUGAAAAUAUGGUUGAUACUGAGGAUAAUCCAUCAGAAGAGGAAACAGAUAAUGAGGAUGAUUUGUCUGACCUGAAAGCAGAUACAAGUGAGAGUGAGGAGGAGGACAUCGAUGAGGGAAAAUCAGCUUCACAAAAAAGAAAAAAUUUAGAGCAGCAAGUUGAGAAAAGACUCGUUGAAGAACAAAAUGAAGACAUCCCAUUGACUUUCUCCUUUCCUGAAGAUGAUGAACAAUUACAGAGUUUAUUAAAAGAUCAUUCAGCUGUGAAUCAGGGUAUCAUCAUUGAGAGGAUAAUAAAAUGCUUUCAUGCAAGUCUUUCAGAAGGAAACAAAAGUAAGUUGGGUUUACUUUUCAAGUACAUUCUACAGUACAUAAAUGAUAUGGCCUCUGAAGCACAAGACGCAGAAUCGUUAAGAAGAACUUUCUCCAUUUUUGAUGUUUUGGCUCCACAUUUAUUCGAUCUAGCUCAAAUGAACCAGAAAACGUGUCAUGAUGCAGUGCUAGAAGUCAUAAAAGAAAAAUUUGAGGAAUAUAUUAAGAAACCUAAGCUUUAUCCGGACCUGGAGGUAUUAUUUUUCUUUAAAUUGGUCAGUCUCCUAUUUCCAACAUCAGACUUCAAACACAGUGUGGUUACACCAUGUUUUCUCUUCAUUGAGAAGAUGUUGAUGAGUUGCCGUGUACGAACAAGGAAGCAUAUUGCUUAUGGACUUUUCUUAUCAACACUAGUGCUGGAAUUCACAACAUUGUCCAAAAGGUACAUGCCAGGAUGUUUGAACUUUUUGGGUGGAAUUAUACAUAUGGCCAUCCCUAAAUCUACUGUGAGAAUAAUUAAGGUUUUACCACCAUUCAAAUCCCUUUCAUCUGAUUUGGUCUUGUUGGAGGAUAAUUCCUCAUCUGAUUAUCGUCUCAAAAUGGAAAUUGAAGAUUUAGUUGAUGAAGAAAUUACGGAAUCCUUCAAAGUUAGAGCUAUUUGCACCGCUAUAAGGAUAAUUAUGGAAUUCUUCAAUAAUUUUAAAGAGUAUCCCAGUAAUUUGGAAAUAUUUGAACCAAUAUAUCAAUAUUGUAAACUCUUAAAUUUGGACAUGUACCCAAAAGAAGUGGAGAAAGAUAUCAAAUCAUUUAUUGAUUCGUUUGAAGAUUCUGUGAAGAGUCGAAAUCUUGUUUAUUUGAAAAUGGAAGCGGCAAAACCAAAGCUUUUAAGGCUGUAUGAACCGAACAUUGUUGAAGUGUAUGACAGAAAAACCCAUAAAGUGCAAUCCAAGGAAAAAGCGGAGAGAAGCAAGUUGAUUCAUAAACUUAAACGUGAAAAGAAAGGUGCCCUCAGAGAAAUUAGGAGAGAUAAUGCCUUCCUUGGACGGGUGAAAAUUACUCAACAGAUUGAAAGUGAUAACCAAAGGAAAGAAGCUGUUAAGAGGAUAUAUGCUGAAGCCAAUAUUCAGCAGAGUGAGCUCAAUGAGUUGGAUAGAAAGAAAAAGAAAAAGUAGACUAUUUUUUGUUAACUUAUGUUUUUAUUUAAUGCUACAAAAUAAAAUUAUAAUAUUGAA